CCCCCGCUGACGUCGGCGGCGCCGAGGCCCCUCCCGCGGCUGCAUAAAAAGGCGCGGGCUCCGCAGCGCAGGCGGCAGUGGGGGCCGAGGAGCGCGGCGAGAAGACGCUACAGCUGAAAAGCGAGGUUCCCAGAACGCGGGCCGCCUGCGGAGCGACUGCCCCAGCCAGCCCGAACCCGGUCCCAGCCCGAUCCCCACCGGAGCCGAGCGGACGCGGUGCUCCAGGUGUCCGCAGCCAUGCUGGCCGGCCGCGCCGUGCGCACCUGUGCGCUGCUCGCCCUCUGCCUCCUGGGCAGUCGGGCCCAGGAUUUCGGGCCGACCCGCUUCAUCUGCACUUCGGUGCCGGUGGACGCCGACAUGUGUGCCGCGUCCGUGGCCGCGGGAGGCGCGGAGGAGCUUCGGAGCAACGUGCUGCAGCUCCGCGAGACCGUGCUGCAGCAGAAGGAGACUAUCCUCAGCCAGAAGGAGACCAUCAGGGAGCUGACCACCAAGCUUGGCCGCUGCGAGAGCCAGAGCACCCUGGACGCAGGUCCCGGCGAAGCCAGGUCGGGCGGCGGCCGCAAGCAGCCUGGCUCGGGCAAGAAUACGAUGGGCGACCUGUCCCGGACGCCGGCCGCGGAGACGCUCAGCCAACUCGGGCAAACUUUGCAAUCUCUUAAAACCCGACUGGAGAACCUCGAGCAGUACAGCCGCCUCAAUUCUUCCAGCCAGACCAACAGCCUCAAGGAUCUGCUGCAGAGCAAGAUUGAUGACCUGGAGCGGCAGGUGCUGUCUCGGGUGAACACUCUGGAGGAGGGCAAAGGGGGCCCCAAGAACGACACAGAGGAGAGGGUCAAGAUCGAGAGCGCCUUGACCUCCCUGCAUCAGCGGAUCAGCGAGCUGGAGAAAGGUCAGAAAGACAAUCGCCCGGGAGACAAGUUUCAGCUGACGUUCCCGCUGCGGACCAACUACAUGUACGCCAAGGUGAAGAAGAGCCUGCCGGAGAUGUACGCCUUCACCGUGUGCAUGUGGCUCAAAUCCAGUGCAGCUCCCGGAGUGGGCACGCCCUUCUCUUACGCCGUGCCCGGGCAGGCCAACGAGCUGGUCCUCAUCGAGUGGGGCAACAACCCCAUGGAGAUCCUCAUUAACGACAAGGUGGCCAAGCUGCCCUUCGUGAUCAACGAUGGCAAAUGGCACCACAUCUGCGUCACCUGGACCACCCGGGAUGGGGUCUGGGAGGCCUAUCAGGAUGGUACCCAGGGCGGCAAUGGAGAGAACCUGGCUCCCUACCAUCCCAUCAAACCACAGGGUGUGCUGGUGCUGGGCCAGGAGCAGGACACUCUAGGUGGAGGGUUUGACGCCACCCAAGCGUUUGUGGGCGAGCUGGCCCACUUCAACAUCUGGGACCGCAAGCUGACCCCCGGGGAAGUGUACAACCUGGCCACCUGCAGCAGCAAGGCCCUCUCUGGCAAUGUCAUCGCCUGGGCCGAGUCUCAGAUCGAGAUCUAUGGUGGAGCCACCAAGUGGACAUUCGAGGCUUGUCGCCAGGUCAACUGAAAGCUUCAGGCUAGGGCUGAGCCCCCAGCCCCAGGCCUGCCCACCCUGCUUGUGCGGUGAUGACCCAUCGUCUCCCCCCUCCCCCAGGAAUGACUCAAGGCCAUGGCCCCUGCACACACGCACACGCCACACAGCCUGGUUUGUCCUCCUUGUGCACACGAAGCAGUCCCGACUCUUCUUUGGCCCUAAGGACACCCCACUUCUCCCUAGGAGCCCUACUAUCUCCCGGGCAUGCCUAGCUAAAGCAGGCGGCAUCAGCUUUGACAACGCAGAAUUAGGUGAGGUUGUGUGUGUGUGUGUGUGUGUGUGUGUGUGUGUGUGUGUGUGUGUGUGUGUAGGAGGCUUUUCUUUUAGAAUGAGAUAGUUCGUUCCCUCCUUUCUUUGUGGUUUUCGUGAGUUUCUGAUGGGUCAGCUGCCUGUGUGCCUUGGGGCUGGUGCAGCUUCCUGGGCACACACUGUCUAUCCUCAUUUGCAGACCUCUUCGGGAGUGACAUAGCUCUCUACUGAUGUAAGUCCUGUAACUGUGUGUCGAGCCUGGGGAACCUUUCCACAGGAAUUUCUGUUUGGGAUAAGUGGAUUCUCUGAAAAUCGGAGACUUGAUUGUCCUAGAAUGGCACCACCUAGAUGCCGUAAUCUCCCUCCCCCACCCAAGUCAGGUUGUCUGCCGUCUGCAUCUGAGGGUAGAGGGGGCCACUCCGCAGCUCCAUCCAUGGGCUGCACCCUCGGCCUUCCUGCCUCCUCCUGUCACUCAACACUGGGACCUGUUACUCCCUUCCAGCCUCCAAAGCUGCUUUAGCCCAGUGGUACCGAGAAGGGAGGGCCCCACCAGGGUCCCAGGACACAGGGCCUUGGCACCCACCCUCCUCCCUCUGGUAGAGAGACCAGAGGCUUUAAGUGGGGAUCUCAGUGCUUGCUCUCAGCUGCAGAGGGCUCUGAGACUUGACCCACAGCCCAUGGGAAUGUCUUCCCAUGGCAUUUUUCACAGCCAUACCCCUCCCAGCACACCCAGGCCCAGGUGAGCUAGCUCAGACCCCCCCUUGGGGGGGCAGGGGCUCAGAAACUGCUCAAGUGGAGCCUGCUGGCCAGGGUGGGGCCCGCCAUCUAUUCCUGCAUCUCAUGGGGGCAUGCGCCCUGCAGUAGCCCCGACCUGCCACAGGCUUGUGACACUGAGCCCGUGGCUUUUCCUUAUUGAAAGCAGGCCCCGAGUACCGCCUUCUAAGGACUGGGACAAAAUGUGUAUGCGCACAUGCAUCUGUUGGACGAUAAGAGAACGCCAAGGAGGCUGUGUCCAGGUGGGGUGGACCCCUGCUCUGUUUCCCUGUCUUGUGGGCAUACGCCCAGAUGACACCUGGACUGUCUACUCCAGUAGCCUGACUAGCAAAAGGCUGGCAAGCCUUUCUAGAAACCUACGCACUGCCUGGCUCGUCUGCAGCUGCAGACGCUUCCUCAACGGGAGCAGGGCAUGCUCCUGUCUCCUUCCACACAGAUCCGUGUCGUGUGUGAACCUUAGUGCAUCCGUGUGUGUCUGCGUGCUGUCUGUUGUCAGUGUUUCUCGUGGGUGUCUGCACGGUUCCCGGUCACUGCCCCGUGGCGCAUUGCUCUUGGGGCAUGCAAGUCAGGCAGUGUGCCACUUGGUGUCCAGCAGUGGCUUUCUCUUAGAUAAUUGUGCUUCCUCCUCGGCGCCCUUCGGGUUGUGGCAUCCUUGGAUCUGUGGGGGUCCUCUGUGUUUGCAUGUUCCUCAGGGUGGUGUGUUUCUCGCUCCCUUGGUCCCAUGCGUGUUCCCUUGCCUGCAUGGACUUCUCUGGUUCUGUGUCGUGUGCCGAGUGCCACCCAGUGUUCUGUGAUCACCCAUGUAGCUGCUGAAAACAAAAAUGGCUGGGUAAGCAAGCCAGGGGUGUUGGGGAAGGUCAAGAGAGAGAGAGAUCAGCAUCCCUCUCCCCUUCCUUCUCCCCAGAUAUAGCAAGAAGCAUCUCUAACAUCUAGGUUGAGAACAAGCCUGAAUGGUACCCAUGGUUGGGAGAGAGAGAGAGAGAGAGAAAGAGAGAGAGAUCGUGAGCUUGGAAUCAACUUUCCAGACCAGAUCGAGCCCCACCCUUACUUUAGCCAUCUGGGAGCCACCACCAGGCAAGGCCCAGAGCCGGCUGUGCCCAGUGCACUCCUGCCAACCCCUGCCACCAGCCCCUGCCAACGCGGACCCCAGACCACCUGCACCCAGAUGGGUGGGGUGGGAGCUGUCCGCUCAGGACCACAAGCCAUCCUCUGCCCCGGUUCAGAGGGCAGAGCACACCCCCCAAUGCUUACCGCCUCCACCCCUUCAUCUCACAGCGCCUCUCCCUUUUCCUCUCCCCUGCGGCACCCAUGGUGCCAGGGACAGAAGCUGACGCCCAGCUCUUGCCCUGCCCCUGACUGGAGUCUGUGCCAAGCCCCUCCCUUCCGUCACUGUGCUCACACUUGGCACUUUGCUGGCCCUGAGAAAGGUAGUGACAGCCGCAAAUCUAAUCCGCAUACCUUCCAUCGACUCCGUAAUCUGAUUGAUGUUCCCUCUUGCACUGAAUAAUACACGCCUCUCUCAGGUAAGCCAUUUUAUAAAAACACGAGAUAAAACGCACUGUCGAGACAGUGUUUGCUUCUGCCGAUGGUGUCCGACAGCACCCUGGGCAUUAGAGUGGGAGAGUUGCCACGGAGGCUCCCAGGCCCCAGGGGGCUGAGAGCCCACUUGAAUUGUAAGCCUUCUUGCUUUUGAUAACACAGUAUUAUUUCUCUUACUGUAGAAGAAAAAGUUUAUUACCAAACAAGAGUAUUUUUAUGAAAGAAUAGGACAAACCUAUAAAUUAUCUCAACCUAUAUCUCCCUUGAAAAUACUUUCAGGCUCCACCAAAAUGUAGGACUGAAAGCGUGUAUUUUGGCAGAAAGAGAUACAUUUUUGUAUGCUUUCUUUUCCUUUUGUAGACUCCCGACUUAUUUUCUAAGACUGCAAAGAUCACUUUGUCACCAGCCCUGGGACCUGAGACCAAGGGGUUGUCUUGUGGGUAGUGAGGGGGAAGGAGAGGUGGGCCUGAGGUUCACAGUCAUUCCAGUGAGCCCUGAUAAGGGGCCACCAGGUCUCGAAGGUGUGUUGGGGGCCUUUGAUGGUGGGUUCUUUGUCUUGGAGCUGACUGGUUAUGUGGGACGGGAUGAGCAUUUGGAUACCAAUUCUAAGCUUGAUAGGAGACACUAAGGUUACUCUGGCUAACACAGGGGCAUCGUGUCCUUAGUGUCACUCAGAGCUGUCAUGAUUUCAUCUAAAACACAACAUGUAAACUUACUCAGCUAACGAUGGGAAUCGUAUUGCUUCUGUGCGCAGCGGGCUUACGUGCAAUCUGUUCAGAUGGGAACAAGUCAUUGAGGAGAAACAAAAGCCCAAUACUUAGAGUCCCAAUUUUGUCUUAUUUGCCAAAAAAGCAACCCCCCCUAGAGUUGAUAUUGUUACAAUGUACAUACUGUAAAAUAUGAAAGAAUCGAUGUAUCUUACUUUUUCAUUAUUUGCUAACCAAAGCUGUACAUUUUUCAUACGAUCUGCAGCCUUUUGAGUAUCAAAGGGGUAAAACCACCACCAUCAGCCAUUAUGGAAGUGCACUAUUUAUACUGGUACCCUUGCUUUCCCCCCCCCCCCCCCCCCAUUUUCUUGCUGAGAUGACAUGAAUCGUUGAGUUUAUUUUUACACAGUAAAGAGUGAAGAAAGA